GUGCUCCCGGAUGACCAAGUCGGUCAGAUGAUCAUUGACGUGUUCGGUUGGCGAAACCAUGCGAUGCAACAUUAUCGUCAUCUAAUGUAUUGGAUGCCGAAACUCGCGCACGCCAAUCCGUGGCCUGUCCUCUCACGUAUCCUGGAUGAAUUGGAGGAGAAUCCGGUCUAUCUGGCUCAGUUAAUUGCUGAACGGAUUUGUCCUGACCGGAUGACAAAAUUUCAGUUGAUCAAAGCAAGUAAGUUGCAAGCUUUGCUGGAUAGUUUGAGUGCGAGUGUAGCGAUGUUCGGUAUGGGUUUCGCACCUUCAAAGUGUAAAAUGUUGCUCCCAGAUUGGGUUGGUCUAGCACCCAGUCUCACCUUGGUGAUGAAACCGGCGGAUAAAACACCGGGUCAACCGGACAGUAUGGUGAGCGCGCAAAGUCCAGAACAACAAGCUCUGCUCACAUAUUUCUCCACCGUCUCCCCGUCUCACGGACCGGGUGUUAUUCCCGGUUCGCGACCCGUCAUCUAUUUGGAUGGACCGCAUUUUGUGUGGUACAGAAACCUGCAGGCUGCAUAUUAUACUCUAUGGACGGAGCUGGAUCGAAAACGUUUUGAAAAGGAAAAAGUUCGCGUGGAACAUCGGGAAAGUUGGAUCUCACAUAAAACUCUGGCCCACCUGCCGAAACUCGGUCACAGUGCCCUACCAAUUGAUCAGCAAUUAGAUCCUGUGCACUCUCCUCAUAGUGAGUCUACCCGAGCUCUACUGGCGACCGAAGCCCCAAAGUACCAGGUAGAAAAAUCGGUAUUUCUUGACCCGAAGCAUGCCUUGGUCAUUCGGGGCACAGCUCAGCUGACCACCUCGGAACCGGAAUAUGAUGAUCGUUGGGUUGCGUUGCGUCGUUCGCAUGAGUAUCAUUUCUUGCCGAAUGAAUUAACCGCGCAUGAACAGGCCGAGGGUACGGUAUUAGCCGUCGGCGUGGUCACUCCCAUGCCAGAUGCGCUCGAAAACCAGAAAGCCCGCUUCUCGUACAACAAUUCGUCAUCCAAAUCCGCAGAUCGAAAGGACCCCGGGUCGCUCCCUCCCGUUCCCCAUCCAGCGCCAGAACGAUUACUUCGUAUGUGGCUGUCCCAGCUUCAAGAGCACAAUCCCGGACUAGCUGAAUGCACCUUGGUUAUGCGCACGUCCAAUUCAAACGAGCGGUCCGCUCGAAAUUCUAGUCCUAGCGACUUUCAGUCUGAGGCCGAUAUACCUCACGCACAAGCAUCCCGAAUCUAG